GCCAGUGUGGAACAACGGUCUCGGUUCACCACGCAAGGGAUGCUCUCAUCUCGGACACCUGUGGGAAUCCCCCUCAGCUGGUGACCCAUGAUCGCUGCUAACGAGGCCAUGACAAAGUAUGCGACGGCUGGUGUCAAGUGACACAUUCUUUAUGAUACAGCUACUUAUAUUCCAUAGUAAUGAAGCCAUGACGAAGAAUGUGACUCAUGGGAACAGAUUCGAUUACUUGAGGUCAACAGCCAACAGCCAUCAAUAUGACGAGUGCAGGUAGCCACGCUCGAAUGGUUUAUGAUGAUUUCUCAUCAGAUGAAGAAGUACCGGCUCUAAGAUCCAAGUGGACUUUAGGAUCCAAAAGAAUUAAACUAAACUUACUAAACAAGGAAAAGAGGAAAUCAAUAAAAAGUUCUACCAUGAAAGCCUCGAAAGUUCUUCAAGUAUUGUCAGAAAAUAAAGAAUUGUCUGUUACAAGAACCUCUACAACAGUGCAACCUGUGGCUGAUGAGGACAUGGCAGGCUGUAGCGGAAGUAUUGACGUAAAUAUAAGUAUUACACCAGCAGAUGUUAUAAAACCCUCGAAGAAAUUAAAUGAAACAUAUGAAAUUAUAUCAGAUGAUGAAAUUGAUUCAUAUUUUACAAAAGUUAAGAAUAUAGAAAAUUUAAGUGAUACAGAGAUGAUUAAUGACUCAUCAAUAAAUCUAGAAGAAAAUGAUAAUCAGCCUGUACAAACUGAGUCAGAGAGUUUUGACGAAUGGCUGAAGAAUUUGAAUGCUAAACACAAAGCCUAUAUGGAAAAAUCGCGAAAAUCUAUCAAUGAUAUACUUCAGAAGUAUGCUUCUGUACCAAAAGUGUGUGCAGACAAUGAAACUCCCAGCUAUAGAUCCAGUACUAAUGAAGAUCGGCAGUCAGAAUCUGAUACCAAUUAUAAUAAAACAGACUUAACAUCUAAUAACAAAUCAAUCGAUCCAGAUCUAAGAAUUGAAAAUAAUUCAAAACCUCUAAACAAAUCAAAAACUACUUAUACAAACUUUGAAGUAGAUGACAUUUCUCGUAAAACACCGGACAAGUUGAAUACAGACUAUAUUAAACAAAAUGUGGCUGAAUCUUUGAAGAUGGAAACAUUUGAUGAAUGGGUAUCCAAGAGAAAAUCAAAAUAUACAUUUAAUUUUCAAAUUCUAGAAAGCACAGUUAGCAAAACAUUGAACAAGAAAAAUGAAGAAAAUAUAUUACAAUCACAAAAACAACCAUGCCAAGAUUGGUUGACGAACCAUAAAACUGAAGAGUCUCAAGUAAUUACUUCUAAUGAAAAUAUUGUAUUGCGAGUGAAUAAUAAACAAAAUCAAUUUAGCUUGGACCAACCAAGCUGUUCAAAAAAUCAAAUUACAUUAGACUGUGAGGACAAAGACACUCUACAAGAAUCAGUAGAAAAACAUCUCACAGCACCACAAAAUGAGGUGUAUUCAUCUGAUCCUGACCUUAUCUUAACUAAUUUACGUAUGAAUAGAUUAGAGACAGACCUAAGAACAUUACAAAAUUCUAUAGAAAAAUUAACUAGUUCAAAGUUGAAGAAUGACCUGACUGAAACAAAGAAAAAUGAUGAAGAUCAGGAAACUUUAGACCUACCAGAUAUAACUACAGAACAAAACGAAUUAAUUGACACAGCUCUUGACUCAACACCACCAGACAAAGUACUUAUAGAGAAAUUCAAAUUGAAGAUAUACAAGGAAGAUUUGGAAACUCUUUCAGAACAUAACUGGUUGAAUGAUAAAGUAAUUGAUUUCUAUAUGAACCUCAUAAUGCAGCGGAGCGAGGAACAGAAUAACUUGCCAAAGGUGUAUGCUAUGAACACAUUGUUCUAUCCUAAGCUCAUGAAGAGUGGACAUGCUGGACUUAAGAGGUGGACAAGAAAGGUGGAUAUAUUUGCGUACGACCUCCUCGUGAUUCCAGUACAUUUGACGAACCACUGGUGUGUCAGCUUCAUAAACUUCCAAACACGGAAAAUUGAGUACCUCGACAGCCGUGGGAAAAGCAAGCGGCCCUGUUUGAUUGCGCUGUUGCAGUAUCUGAAGGAUGAACAUCAAGAUAAGAAAGGGGUGCCUUUUGAUGAUAGUGGCUGGGAGACAGAGUGCCUCAAAGACAUUCCAGAACAAAUGAAUAGCAGUGAUUGCGGCAUUUUCGUGUGCACGUUUGCGGAGUUCUCGUCCCGUAACGCGGUCUACACGUUCACGCAAGCGCACAUGCCGUACCUGCGUCGAAAGGCCGCGCUUGAGAUACUCACCGGGAAACUACUGCUCUAGUCAUGGUAGUCAUUUUCACAAAUAGAUGAUUAAACCUACUACAAAAUGUAAUUUAGAUGUACCUAAUUACUUUACUAUUAUUCGAAAUGGCCAAUGAAUCUGAUCAUGUGCCUAUAUAGUGUAAAUUUGUAAGUUAUUAAAUAGGUACCCAAUAAUGGGUAAGUGAUAUAAUUUAUUUAUUUAUUAAACUGUUCUUUAUCUUAUCAGGCUUACACAUUAGGUUCAUCGUUAGUAUGUUAGAUAUUAAGAAGUGUUGUGAUAACAUAUUGUCACAUAGUCACAUUAGAUUUCCAUUUAUUACUAUUUAUGCUAAUGUAUAGAAACGACAUGGCAGGUACAGUGGCAGUGGCAAGGCCACCGGCUACUGCUUAAGGUGUUGCGGUGUCGAUUCCCGCACACAUUAAAUCUAGAUGUAUAUUAUAUAAUGUGAUAUUGAUAUUUUAUACAUUUAUAAUAAAGUCACGACAUUGGAGACCUUCCUGGCGUGGGAACAUACCCUUUUUUAAUAAAAAAAAAUUAUAUAACAAACAUUUAUUAGUGAACUAUAACUGGUUUGUACUUACAUAAAUAAUAACAUUACAUAAGGAAUAAUCUUUCAUAAUGUAAUCUGAUUUGUAAAUUAUCAACAUUAUACCAAAAAGCUAAAAACAUACUUUAUAA